CAUUCCAAACUGCUCGCCUCGUCUCCUCAUCUCUCUCGCCCACUCACGUGCAAGCAAGCUACUCGGCUACUCCGGCGAGGUGUAUACACAUGGAGGGAAUGGGCGACGCCGUGGCUGGCGGCGUGAAGCCGGCGCCGCCGCUCCCCGGCUGCGGCGGCGCGGCAGCGUCGACACCGUUGUCGGAGCGGAGGGGGGAGGAGGAGGAGGUGGUGGUCGCUGGGGAGGACGAGCAGAUGGAGAGGUUCUACGCGCUGGUGGCCAACAUCCGGGCGAUGAGAGGCAUGUACAUGAACGCCGCCGCCGGCGGCGGCGGGCAGAGCGACAAGCGGGCGAGGUGCGCGGAGCCGCCGUGGAGGCCGGCGUUCAGGAUGGAGGACUUCGAGCCGGUGGCCUCCGCCGGCGACGUCGGCGACGACGCGGCGUGCUCCAGCAAGAGCAAGAAGCAGAGAGGAGCUGAGCACGGCGCCACGGCGCCCGCGGCGAGGCGGCGGACGGAGAAGGCGGCGGCCGGCGCCACCGACGACGAGGAGGAGGACGGCGAGGUCGUCGAAGGGAAGGAGCACCGGCUCGCGGCGUCGCGGCGCGCGGGCCCACUGACCAGCUAGUUAGCCGGUUUCAUUUGGACUUGGUCUUCGAUCCGUUUGGACUUUUCUCUGAUGCAGUCAAGCGUGAUUAUCACAUAAUCAAUCCAUGCCAUGUGAUCAGUUUAAGUUGCAAACAUCUGCAAUUUGUAUCAAAACUGAUGAAAAAUGCAGUGGUGGCAUGAAUUAGAUUAUCCAUCCGGUGUGUUACAUCAUUCUUCUGAACCUGAAAAAGGGAUAAAUAGCUCUAGUUUAAAUUUGAACUGCUCAAUUCUUUAGUCGAAAACAGGAAUCAAUUUGAUGAACAGGAUUAGUACCGAGUAAGUUUUUAUAUCACCUAUUUGUAAAUUGGGAUCUAUACGUCCUUUGGAGAAGAAA